AUGGAAGGAGUUUCUAAAGGAGCUGCUUCUCAUCCAGUUGAUGUAAAGGGUGUCAUUAGUAGUAAAACAUUCUACAAGAGAACUGAACAGGGAAAUAAAUACUUGACCACCACUCAAGAUACCAAUGAUUUGUAUGGAAGAAUUAAGGGAUUGACUGAUUCUGGAAGUUAUAUAGUAGUUCUUCCAGGAAGUCUUGGAACAGCUGCUGAAUUGAUGAUUGCUUGGAAUUUGUACUAUAUCAAUGAACAUUUCCCUGCUACUGAAGAUCCAGUGAAGAAGAUUUUCGUCUUUAGAGGUAAGGAUAUUGAAUUAAAACUUGGAAAACUUAAUGUAUUCAUAUUUACAGACCCAUGGGAAAAGAUUAUCAAAUUUAUUUCAACUGAAUUGAAUUCAUCACCUAAAUAUUUGAAAUGGUAA